AUGACUAGGGUGGAUGGAGUUGCCCAGACCUUGGUUGCAGGUGAUGGCAGAGUCUUACCGUUGUCUCCAACACAAUGGAAAUGCAUAUUUGAUCUCCCAAUGGGAGGUAAGACGGUUCCCUUCGACGUGGUUGAUAGUCCGGCGUUGGUUGUUAAGGUUGCGAAGGUGUCUCGGAAAUUCACAAUGGUGAAUGGGGAGGGAAAGGAAAUGGUUUCUUUACGUUCAGUCAUCGAUGCGUUAGUCGAAGAGGAUGAAGAUGGCAACGUCACCCAGCUAGAAACCGAAUCGGGCCGUAGCGAAUUCCGUACUGCUUUCUUGAUGGCGCUCUUGGGUCUGGUCAUAUGUCCUUCGACUGAUGGAUCAUAUAUGUCUAAGCCCUUGAUGCAAGCGUGUACUGUGGCAGACAUGUCAAUUGAAUAUGAUUGGUGUACGUUUGCCCAUGAGUGGCUUAUGACUAAGUCUUCUGAGUUUGCUGAGAAGUUUGACAAAGCUGGGUUCGUGGCGGGAUGUGGUGGUUGUACUCUGUUCCUCUUGAUAUUCUACCUAGAUCAUUUGAACAGGCCUCCUCUGUCGUGGAACGAGUUUCCAAGGAUAGGAGUUUGGACAACUGAGCAUGUCUUCCUGGCUAGGGAUUUGGACAAGAAGGAAACUGACGACUACGGAAAGCUAUCAUCACUGGACAUUGCAUAUGGGGAACCACAUCCCCGACUCGCCAGAGACAAAAUUACACCCAUCUCGCAGGAAGAUGAGGAUUGCGAGGAUACAAGGCUAGUAAAUAAUAUUAUGAAGUUGAUCACACCUUACCUAGAGAGGCUGGAGGAGAAGAUUGAUAAGUUGCAAACGGCACGGGACAACACAAGACCCUUUGGCUUUCCCAUACAUGACCAGUUCCAUAUCCAUUCUCUGGCUCAUCAUUUUGCUGACAAUAUACAAGAUCUUGAUCUUGGUUUGAAUCAACCAUUCACGUCUCUUGAGAAAGUGGGAAGUCCAAGGAUAAUCAAUCCAACCUCACAAAGAACCCAAACAGAGCAACAAGAGAUCAACAAGAAGAUGGCCGCUGUCGACGAUUUGUUGCACAUUGACAAUCACCAUCAAGUAUCAGUUACUGAUGUCAUUGGCAAAGUUGCAAAUGAAUCUCUUCAAUCCGUAUUAGCACAACGUAAUGAAGAGUGUCAUGGCAAUAACGAGAAUGAUCCUGUGAACAAUAAGGAGUUGAAUCAGGACGACCCAUUGACUAGUAAGGAGUUGAAUGAGGAUGCGCGUGACAAUGAUGAGGAGUUGAAUGAGGAUGCGCGUGACAAUGAAGAGGCCGCUGCUGGAGGAGGACCAAGGAGGAGGAGGAGUUUAGGACACCGAACUCAUAUUCCAUCUGCAGCAGUAUUUUCGGGAGAUUUCGUGUCUGGUACAAACCAAAGGGUCACAGGUCCGGUUAAUGACAUCACUGCGUUCGUUAAGAGAUGGAAAGAUUUGAGAGACGAGGCUAAGUAA